AUGGCUGCGAAUGAAUGGAUAAAUGGGUAUUUGGAGGCGAUUUUGGACAGUGGGGCAGCUAUAGAAGAGAAUAAGCCAACCUCAGUGAACGUAAAGGAAAAAGGCAAUUUCAAUCCCACAAAGUACUUCGUGGAGGAAGUGGUAACGAGGGUUGAUGAAACUGAUCUUCAUAGGACAUGGAUCAAGGUGGUGGCUACAAGGAACACCAGAGAUAGAAGUUCAAGGCUUGAGAACAUGUGUUGGCGCAUUUGGCAUCUUACCCGCAAAAAGAAACAGUUGGAAUCGGAGGAUUUCCAAAGGUUAGCGAACGGGAGGUGGGAACGAGAACAGGGGCGCAAGGAUGUGACCGAGGACAUGUCUGAAGAUUUGUCUGAAUGA